AUGGGGGAAACGACAAUCAUUUCCGAGUCGACCACUGAUGGCCCGAACCUGACAGCAUCUUCAACACCUAAAUCCAAAGUGAUAGUCGGCUACUCCCUCCCAACAUGGCGCAAGUAUUUGAUUCUAUUCGUAACCAGCUGGCUUACCCUCAUCGUCACCUUCUCCAGCACAUCCAUGCUUAUCGCAACCCCCGAAAUAGCAACCGAUCUCUCAACAACCCCUGAGAUCCUGAACAUAACCAAUGCUGGCGUCUUAGUAGCCAUGGGCCUGUCGGCUCUCAUAUGGUCACCGCUGAGUAAUCUGUUUGGUCGAAAGAAAAUAUAUAAUGUGGCUAUAUUUUUCAUGUUUGUGCCUUCGAUUGGGGCCGUAGUGGCGCCGGAUUUGGCGACGUUUACCGCGAUGAGGUUGAUGGGUGGGUUGACGGGGACGUACUUCAUGGUUGCUGGGCAGACUAUUAUUACUGAUAUUUUUGAGCCGCUGUCUCGCGGUCAGGCAACGGGCUUCUUCAUGGUUGGGAGCGUGGCUGGGCCUGCUCUUGGUCCUUGUAUUGGCGGUCUGAUAGUCACAUUCAGCCACUGGAGAAACAUAUAUUGGCUCCAAGUAGCCAUGUCAGGCUUCGGCCUGGUCCUUUCUCUCAUCGUCAUCCCCAGCGUCAAGCGAGAAGUCGAAGUCAUCCAAGUUAACGGCAAAGAGAAGCUUUCAUUCUUCGACGCGUUACAGAAAUUCAAUCCCCUUGGCGUGUUUCGACAACUGCUUCGUCCAAACAUUCUCCUCGCUGACGUAACAUGCGGCUGUCUAGCAGCCACCCAGUACGGCAUCCUCGCCUCCGUUCGCCAUGUCAUUAACCCACGCUUCAACCUCACCACCCCCCUAAUCAGCGGCCUAUUCUACAUUGCCCCGGGUAUGGGCUUCUUCGUCGGCAGCAUCGUCGGCGGCCGUCUCGCAGACCGAACAGUGAAACGCUACAUCGCCAAGCGGAACGGUAUUCGUUUACCAGGCGACAGACUCAAUAGCGGAUUGAUUGGAUUGUUUGUAAUCUUACCGAUUUCGCUGUUGUUGUUUGGAUGGGGUCUGCAGGAGAGUAUUGGUGGGUUGGCGUUGCCGAUUGUCGCUGCGGUUUGGGCUGGGGUUGGUUUGAUGGGGACGUUUAAUGCGUUGAAUACUUAUACUGCUGAGGUGAAUCCCGCCAAAACAGCAGAAGUAAUCUGCUCUAAAUACAUGGUUCAAUAUCUCUUCGGAGCCAGUAGUUUGGCGGGUAUUGUUCCUUUGAUUGAUGCUAUUGGGGUUGGGUGGUCAUUUACUUUGCUGGUCGCCUCAGAUUUCCUAGGAGGUGGUAUGGUCUUACUCAUUACCAGAUUUUGGACAAAGGUGCCGGGUGAAUCUGGUUGA